UUGACAUUAGAACAUUCGGUAGCUGGUUUGCUAUUAACACUUUAAUUUUGCAUGCAGCAAUUAAGGUGUUAAUUAAUAUAUAUAAUUAAGCUUUAAGCUCAUUAGUUUACCGACGAUGGAAGUGGCCACCAAUACGGCGACACGAUCGCCGGUGAAGCUAAUGCUGGUGCUGACACUGUCGCCGGCGAGCAAGGUGAUCGCCAAGGGCGGCGGCGGCGUGAAGCGGGUGCACCUCGACGGCGGCGCGUUCCAGUGCCGGACAUGCGGGCGGCGGUUCUCCACGUUCCAGGCUCUCGGCGGCCACCGGACCAGCCACAAGCGGCCGCGGGUGCGCGCCGACGGCCUUGACCUCCUCCUCGGCGCGCGCCCCGGCAAGCUCGGCGCCGGCGGCGCCUCGACGCCGGUAGUGCACCGGUGCGACAUGUGCGGCAAGGUGUUCGCCACCGGCCAGGCGCUCGGCGGCCACAUGCGCCGCCACCGGCCGCUGGUGAGUCGUAAUGGCACAAUGUCCACGACGUGGACGGCGGCGGCGGCGGCGGCGGCGACAAUGUCCGGCUCCUCGUCGGAAGAGCGUGACGACGACGACGACGACGACGUGCACAAUUAUAAUUUCAUCCACUUUUUGUGAGUGGCUAAUGGACAAAUCAAUAUAUGAAUUGAAUAAAACCAGUGAUUAAUGUCAAUAAUAAUUAAGUUUGUUCUGGAGUGGUAUACAAACACGCAACAUGCUUAUAGCUAGAUAUAUAUACACGUAUACGCCACAAGAUACAAUACCAAUUAAGUUCGUCUUUGAUUUUGUAAUGUUCAAUUAUAUUUUUUCAAUGAUUAAAUACACGUGAUUUUAAUUGUAUUCGUUCAAUGGAACAUGUUUCAAGUUCAACCACUAUAUAUAUAUUGCUCUUGAAAA